AAACAUGGACGUACAAAUAGCUCCGGGAGAGGUCACAACAGCUCCGGCAAGAGCCCCAAACUUCCAACGAGACGUACGGGCAUCUGUAGAUUUCAGCCCGUACAAGAUAACUUACGCCGAUAUUGAGCCCAAUGAAGAAACGAAGAUGAUUAACGAAACAGACUUCCUGGUGACAAUUAUAAAUAAGUCAAAAUCGCCAUUCAAACUGCAGAAAGGCACUCCAAUCGGAACUAUAAAAAACGGCGAAAAACUGACAACAACGCAUACACCAAAACACAAACCCCGGAUUACAGUGAACUUGGUAGAUGACACACGAGAAGAAGAAGAAAAACCACGCGUCAUCAUAGUGGGAGACUAUCACAUGCAUGGAGCAGCGGACGAGGUCAAGAAAACGCUGACUCCCUUUGCCAAGGUCGAAACGUUUUGCUCAGCCGGAGCCGAGAUGAACGAGGUAUUGGAUAACCUAAAUCAUAUAACACCUGAAAAAAAUCGGAAAACAAUUUUAGUUAUAGUUGCAGGAAACCGCGAUUUUGACCGCCAAUAUUGCCUCCUAAAUCACUCAGCCAUUACAAAUAACAUGCCACUGGGACGCAUUAGGGAGCUGGUCCAAUCGUACCACGUAGCAUAUGCUACAAUACUACCAAGGUAUGACGUCACCAGACUAAAUGACAAAAUUGGCCUUGUGAAUGCGGACAUGGUAGGGCAGUUGAUACCAGGGAAAGACUUAACAAAUAUUCGCCUAAACAGUGAGAACCUACCAAAGACAGCAUUUAAUAACAAUGGCAGAGA